AUGGAUGGUGUUCGUCCUAUACCGGAAGAUGCAGUGGUUGAUAUUCUGUUGAGAUUGCCCGUGAAAUCACUCUUGCGUUUCAAAUGUGUGCGCAAGAACUGGUGUGCUCUCAUCAAAAGUCCGAGUUUCAUAAAAGAACAUUUUCAAUAUCGCAACAACAAUUGUGCCCGUCUCUUUGUUUGCAACAUGAAAAUGGUACCUGAAUUACAGCCCAUCGUAAAGUCUGUUGUAUUCUCCUUGCUCCCUGAAGAAAUUGUUCCAGGUGUGACCCCUGAACAAAAAACUCUCCUUCAGCUUCCGAGGGUCACUGAUUUCACGUGUGUUGCCGGUCCAGUUAAUGGCUUAUUCUUAGUGCAGAAGUUGCUUUAUGGAGCAGAUGUCUGCUUGGGUUUGUGGAAUCCUGCCACCAAAGAGUUCAGGUCUCUACCUCCUGCGCAUUUUGAGAUUGAGGGUUUUUGGUCGCACAAUAAUGAUCAUCAGUAUGGAUUUGGAUUUGACCUGGUUACUCUAGAUUACAAGGUUGUAUGGAUUCGAGUAUUCUGGGAUAAUAUUGGACUAAGUGUCUAUACCUGUGUCUAUUCCUCAUGCAACAAUUCAUGGAAACGCCUUACUCUCGAAUUCCCUCCCAUUUCUAACUUAUCUGCACCCCUUGAUGCCACUUAUCUCAACGGAGUUUAUUAUUGGCUUUCGAGGGGCCUCAAUGGAAUCUACACGAUUCUCUCUUUUGACAUGGUCAGUGAACAAUUUGGGGAGAUGCAAGUCCCUGAUAUUACAACUGCACAUUGGGGGGCGCUUACAUUGCAUGGCGGCUCACUUGCAAUGUUAACAAGUGACUCUGACCAACCUUUGACAUCCAUAUAUGAUGUGUGGGUAAUGAAACAGGAGGGAAAUUGGUCCAAAGUUCUUACUAUUCAACCUCAUAUAGAUGCUCAUUGGCCUAUCAACAUCUGGGAUAACAAUAAGAUGGUUUUCGAGAUCAUGGAAACUUCACAGCUAGUGCUAUAUGACCCUAAAACAAGACAUGUUACAGAUCUUGGAUUUCAGCUGGACCCUAACAUUGCUGGCUGUUGGGUUUUCAAUUAUAAGGAGAGCCUAGUUCCAAUAAAGAGAGGAAAUGAGACUCAGGGCGAGGAUAAUGCAGUCAAGCAAAUUGAACACUACUUUGAUACUAUACCAAUGGAUGAGGCCUCAUCUUAG